CGGCGAUGAAUGACGGCGGAGAUGUGAGAAUGGAGGAGGGAGACGGCGGAGAGAAGGCGGUGUUCAUGUGGGGAUAUCUUCCUGGAGCUCUGCCGCAAAGGUCGCCGCUUUUUUCGCCGACGGUUGUGAGGCCCGGCGGCGAUUAUGGGUGGAGGGACGUCUUCGGCGGCGGUUGCGGCUUCGCCAUGGCCAUUUCUGAGUCUGGAAAGCUGAUUACAUGGGGUUCAACAGAUGAUCUAGGUCAAAGCUAUGUGACAUCUGGGAAGCAUGGGGAAAAGCCAGAGCCAUUUCCUCUUCCAGGUGAAGUUUCUCUAGUUAAGGCAGCUGCAGGUUGGGCGCAUUGUGUUGCAGUUACAGAUAUCGGAGCAGUUUACACAUGGGGAUGGAGAGAGUGUGUUCCCUCGGGGAAAGUCAUUGCAGAACCAUCUAUGGGUGCAAACUUUGAAAUGGAUGUAAUGGACAGACAAAGUUCUUUCUUGACAGACCAAGUUAGCCCUCGCUCUCAAGGCUCACGAUCCACUGGUGGAACAGUGUCUGCUGCUGAUGCGCAGGGAGCUGGAGAAGAAAGUUUAAAGCGAAGAAGGGUAUCUUCAGCAAAGCAAGCAGCUGAAAGUUCAUCGUCUUGUGAUGAAACUCUCUCAGCAUUGCCAUGUCUUGUGACAUUGAACCCAGGAAUUAGAAUAGCCAAUGUUGCUGCCGGAGGACGCCAUACUCUAGCAUUAUCAGAUAUGGGUCAGGUGUGGGGAUGGGGAUAUGGAGGUGAAGGGCAGCUUGGUCUGGGAUCACGGAUACGUAUGGUGUCCUCCCCUCAUCCUAUACCUUGUAUCAAUUCCUCAUCUUAUGGUGUCAUGAAUUCAGAGGAACACAGUUUUAGAGUACCUGGAAAUUAUGUGAAAGGGAUUGCCUGCGGAGGUCGGCAUAGUGCAGUGAUCACAGAUGCUGGAGCACUACUUACUUUCGGUUGGGGGCUUUAUGGGCAGUGUGGACAAGGAAGUACAGAUGAUGAGCUAAGUCCAAUUUGUGUAUCUUCAUUACUGGGUAUCCGGAUAGAGAGUGUUGCUGCAGGACUAUGGCAUACUGUCUGCAUUUCAGUUGAUGGUGAUGUUUAUGCAUUUGGGGGUAAUCAGUUCGGCCAGUUAGGAACUGGAGCUGACCAAGCUGAGACUAUUCCGAGACUUUUGGAUGCUCCUAUUCUGGAAAAUGCGAAUGCAAAAAUUGUUUCCUGUGGAGCUCGUCAUAGUUUCAUUAUCACCGAGGAUGCAAAAGUAUUUGGCUGGGGAUGGAACAAGUAUGGCCAGCUGGGCUUGGGUGACGUGAUUGACCGCAACAUUCCAGCGCAAGUCAUGAUUGAUGGAUGUGUCCCCAAAAAUGUGGCAUGUGGCUGGUGGCAUACCUUGCUUCUGGCCGAACUACCCACUUAGAGUUCCUCAAAUUCACAGGCCAAAUAGGCCAUGGUACAGUUUUGUUAGACAUCAGUAAUUUCAUUGGACUAGUGAUAUCCGAGCUACUUUGUGUAUAUAUGCUACUUUGUCUUUGUAUAUCAUAUAUAUGCACGUAUAUAUGUAUAUACAAUCAGCGCUCAUUCUUCAAUGCUACAUGUCCAAUUGUUCAUCAUAAUGAUCAGCAUGUAAAUCGCAUAAGUUUAGUUGAUGUGCUGCAUGUUCCAGUCCAUUAUGUAUUCUUGUUAUGAGAUCAAUGUAACUAUAUUGUAUGAAGGGGCUUUAGGAAAUCUUCAAUCGUGUAAAGGGGAUGGUCCUCUUCUGUUCAAUCAAUGAAAUUAUGUGAUAAUGUUAUCUGCU